AUGGCCGCCAUUGGUGCCGAACUAUUUUGUGUCUGUCUGGUCACCUGUUAUUCGGAAGGAGCCGAAGGGAUCAAGAAGACCCUCGACAGUAUCUCGGCAGCCGACUAUUUGGAUGCACGCAAACUGCUCUUUGUCGUCUGUGAUGGGAUGAUCACCGGGCACAGAGAGAAAAUCUUGACGCCUGACGUCUGUGUCGGCUUCUUGGACGCCGACCCUCUCUUUGGUGAUCCCAUGCCCAUGAGUUACAGGGCCGUCGCUGCCGGCGCUAAGGAACAUAAUCAAGCCAUGAUCUAUGCCGGUCAUUAUACUCAAGUUGAAGGUAGACGGACACCAAUGAUAGUGAUUGUUAAAUGUGGAACAGCAGAAGAAGGAAAGAUAGAGAAGAAGCCAGGCAACCGAGGAAAACGAGAUUCGCAGAUGAUCCUGAUGAAUUUUUUCUCGAGGGUGACCUAUAACGACCGAAUGUCGCCGUUAGACUACGAUUUGUUUAGGAAGAUCCAAGUUCUGAUGGGAGUGACGCCGGAUUUUUUCGAGGUUUGUUUGAUGGUGGAUGCGGAUACGACGGUGAUGAAAGAUUCGAUAGGCCAUCUAGUGAAUUGCAUGCAACAUGACCCAUUGAUCAUGGGAGUAUGCGGGGAGACGCGGAUCACGAACAAGCGACAAUCCUGGGUGACGGCGAUCCAAGUGUUUGAGUACUACAUCUCGCACCAUCUCGCGAAGGCGUUCGAGUCGGUUUUUGGCGGGGUGACCUGUUUGCCGGGCUGUUUCUCGAUGUAUCGGCUCAAGGCGCAACGGAUGAACGACGGGGAUUGGGUGCCCAUCCUUGCCCAGCCCGAGAUCUGUCGCGAAUACUCCCAGUCUAUCGUCACCACUCUUCAUCAGAAAAACUUGCUCCUCCUAGGAGAGGACCGCUUCCUGACUACCCUCAUGAUCUUCCCCGCCCGAAAGAUGAUGUUCUGUCCUCAGGCUAAAUGUCGCACUCUUGUCCCAGACGAAUUCGCCGUCCUGGUCUCCCAACGCAGACGCUGGAUUAACUCGACCAUCCAUAACUUGAUGGAACUAGUCAGAGUACCUAAUCUCUGUGGAACCUUCUGUUUCUCGAUGCAAUUCGUCGUCUUUAUGGAGCUUAUGGGCACCAUCGUCUUGCCCAUCGCCAUCACCCUCACUUACUCGCUCAUCAUCAACUCCAUCCUCCAUCCGCCUAAAAACUUCUCCGACGCUAUCCCGCUCAUCCUCCUCGCCGCGAUCCUCGGCUUGCCCGCUAUCCUCAUCCUGGCUACCUCGAGAAAGGUCUCUUAUGUGUUUUGGAUGCUCAUCUAUCUGAUUGCUCUUCCUGUCUGGAACUUCGUCCUGCCUCUCUAUGCUUUCUGGCAUUUUGAUGAUUUCUCGUGGGGUGAGACGAGAAAGAUUCAAGGCGAGGCGAAAAGUCAAGGUCACGAUGAGGGAUCCAAGACGACAUUCGAUGCGAAUACGAUCCAACAUCGAAGGUGGAACCCCUCCCGGCGAGGUGGUACACAGACCAGCUCGUCGGAAGGGAUUCCUUCCGACGAGCUGGUUUAA